CAGCUGGCUGCGGGCGUCGGGCAGGCGCAGCGAGUCCUUUUGUCAAGGUAGAUUCAAAAUUAUCCUCUUUGGCUGGUGUACAAAAAUCAAGACUUCAAAACGGCCGACGCAAGAUAGUAUCGAUAUCACCAUCGUGGAGUGUGCAGCACUGUUGUGCAGCAGUAUCGCAGGAUGGGGUAGGGCUAGCUCUCUGAGCUUCAAGACCCUUGGAACCUGUAACUUACAUGUGUUGGUUUUUGCUCCGAGGGGGAGUGCUAGCGCUAAGCUGCGACCAAGUCGACAAGUGAUCAAUAGAGGCUCGUGCGGGUCGGAGAGCAUAUGACUAAAGCUGUGUCUGGAUUCAGUGGCGGCGCGCCUCGUCGACCUCACGCCCCAGUGCAGCCUCCUAGACGCCGGCAGACGCCGACCUGGUUCGUUCACGCUUGUCCGACACGCCAUGAAUCUGCCCUCGCCUAGGGAGGUGGAACUAGAGGCAGCCCUACGCGAACGCGAUGCUCAAGUAUCUCAGCUGGCGAAAGAGCUGUCAUGGCUGCGCCAACAGCCUGCCGCACAGCCUGAAUUACAGACAAGCACCUCCGCUAUGCUCCCUUCAGCACUUAUGACAAUGCUCCUCCCCUAUAUUUCAAACGCUUCGAAGGGGGCUACCCCCACUGCAGGGUCAAGUACGGUGAAUGCAGCGCUCACCCAGCGUGUGCAACUUCUCCAGGACGAGAACAAUGAACUUUACGACUUGCUCAGGCAUGGAGAGACUGGGAGGCUGAAGGAAGAGGUACAAGGGCUACGCCAUGUCGUUACGAAGCUGGAAACUGCACUGCGAGAAUCACAUUCGGUCAUCACAUCUCUAUCAUCAGAGCUUGAGAAGACAUAUGAGACAUUCCAGAGGCGGACUGCCCCUACCACACACGCCUACACUUCAAGCCGAGAAAGUUAUCAUGGUCCUAGUCACUCUGCCAUCGUCAAUGCCAAUGGGCAAACGAAGUUGCCUCCUACCGGUCCUCGUGCACACAAGAAACCUCGUCUAUCCGACCCUCGUGUCUCGCCGACGCAUUCGAGUGCACCUACUUCUCGUCCAGUGGAGCGAGAUCUUUCGCGCUCGCCCCGUGUUGACUCUCGUAGUAAAAUAAGCCAUGGGAAGAUGGACGUUGACGAGGACGCGAGGACGCGCCCACGCUCGCCAACAGACCGAGGAAGUGACCGGUAUCGUGAGAAGAACAGGACACGUGAGAGGGAGCGGGAGCGGGACAAGGAUCGCGACAGGGAUCGGUUUUCACGACGGAAUGGUGGCGGCGGUAGUGGUGGAGGCAGCGGCGGCAACAGCCGUAGGGCGCGCGGGCAUGGUGCUACGGGUGCACACGCAUAUGGCACCAGCGCACACGACCGGACGUUGGCGGAGAGAAUGGGACUCUGAUUUCCUGACAUUCACAUGUGUGUACUUCCCCAUUUGCAUCAUUGGUGGUGCAUCAGGCAGGUAUCUUUGAUCAUGCCCUCAUUUCUGAUGUUAUUUGACGCCGAGCUUUUUUUCUUGCCGUUUGAUCAUCGCUAGCUGCUACUUCGAAUACUGUAUAUCGCAAUGUACAUGCAUCUUCAAGCUUCGCUCUUAGCUAUUAGUAUUCAUGCACGCCAGAAUAUCCGCUAAAACUCGAAGCCGAUUUUCACCACAAGUGAUUCUACAUAUUUGUCAUGUUCAGGAUGGGGUUUGCGACUUGGCACUGCAUCAUGUUGUGCUUUGAACGAUUAUCGAUUAAUAUUGAUCAAGAGUCAAGACCCCGGGUAACGCUGUAGCCUAUCUCAUAGUGCAGUCCUUUGAUAAUUUGUAACAUUAGUUGGC